UCACCCCCACCAGAAUCCUGACGGAAGAGAUCAUCAGCCAAAUAGAAACUGCCAUUUUCCACCUUCUAACUCAAGCAGGCAAUAACAUCAGACAACAGUCAGCCCAUAUCCUCCGGAAAGCCAAACUUCCUAGCCAAAACAUCAACAGGGAAGAGCGCUUAGCGCUUCAAAGCCUAAAACAGAAUGACGACAUCCUCAUUCUACCAGCAGACAAAAGCAAUGCGACAGUGGUGAUGGACAAAAGAGACUAUCACAACAAAGUCAACACCUUGCUGUCAGACGCCCAAGUCUACAAAAAACUCAAACGCGAUCCAACCUCCAGCGUAGAGAAGAAAACCUCCCUGAUCAAAAAGGCGAACCUCCCUCCGCUAACCACGAAAUACCUGACCCCCAGCGACAGCUCAGCACCCAGACUAUACGGCCUUCCGAAGAUCCACAAAGAAUCAGUCCCCCUACGGCCUAUCGUCAGCAACAUCGGGGGCCCCACCUACCAACUAGCCCGCUACCUCACCAAACCCCUCAAAAAACUGACCGGCCCCAACGACUCCCACAUCAGGAACUCAAUGGACUUCGUGAACAGAAUAACCAAGAUCAAAACCAAGCCCAACGACAUCCUGGUAAGCUUCGACGUGGUUUCCCUGUUCACCAACGUCCCAGUCCAAGACACUCUGGACAUCAUCAGGACAUCCAAAGAGAUUCCAUCCACCCUGUUCCCAUUAAUAGAACACUGCCUCAACUCCACCUAUUUCCAGUUCGAAGGAGAAUUCUACGAACAAACCACGGGAGCAGCAAUGGGAUCCCCGAUAUCACCCAUCAUCGCAAACAUCUUUAUGGAACACUUCGAGAAUGAAAUCCUGAAGAAGGCCCCACUAAAACCCUUCACAUGGUUACGGUACGUGGACGACACCUUCGUCAUCUGGAACCACGGAAGGGAAACUCUACCUCAAUUCCUCACUUUCAUCAACUCCCAACAUCCCAACAUCCAAUUCACAAUGGAGACCGAACAGAAUUCCCAAAUCCCCUUCCUGGAUGUCCUGGUCCGUAGGAACGAAGACAGCACCCUAAGUCACAACGUCUACCGCAAACCAACGCACACGGACCGAUACCUCCACGCAAACUCCCACCAUCACCCCGCCCAAAAGAAUUCGGUAAUCAGCUCUUUAGUCCACAGAGCACUCUCCAUCUCGGAACCAGCCGCCCUGAACGGAGAGCUAAACCACCUUCACCGAACCCUGACCAGGAACGGAUACAGCAGCAGAAACAUCAACCGUACCAUCAAUAAGCUGACCAACAAGGAAUCCGGCCAGAACAACACCACGACACCAGAGACAGAGAAAGAGAAGAUUAAGGCAGUAGUACUUCCAUACGUCAGAGGCACCACGGACCGCAUCAGCAGAAUCCUGAGCAAACACAACAUCAAAGCGAUUUUCAAACCUUGCAACAAGUUCUAA